GUUUAAGGACAGUGAUAAAAAACUUCAGCUGUAGCCAAUGUGCCCUCCUCCACUGGGUGGAGCAGCCAUCUUGUUCCUGCCAGAAGCCUUGGCUUGCUGUCUGUAUAAAAGCUCAGGUCUUUUGUUUGCCCAUGCCCUGGGGGAAAAGACUUUGAGAAGAUGGAGAACCAGAGGGGAGUGCUCUUGGGAUAUGUCCGCUGGGAAGGAGAAGAGGAAGGGGAUGAGGAGGAUCAGGUGGCUUCUCGUGUUUCUCCCUCCAGCCAAACGAGCAGACUGGAAGAUGUGGAGGUGGAGAUGCUUGAGAAGGCAAGGGAGCUCUUCCAGCUGUGUGACAAGGAUGAGAAGGGUUUUAUCACCAAGGUGGACAUGCAGCGGCUCCAGAGUGAACUGCCCCUAACGCCUCAGCAGCUGGAGACUGUUUUCGACAGCUUGGAACAGAACAAUAAGGGAUACCUGACGCCUGUGGAGUUCAGCAUGGGACUAGGGAAAUUAAUAGGGAUUGAAUUGUGUCAAGGGGCUGGGAGAAUGGAUCACUCCAGACACGAGGAGACCUUUGAGUCAGGCUGGUCAGAUGACUUGGACCCAGCAGAUGAUGAUGAAGAGAAACGAUUCUGUUCCAUGAUGGAGCAGCUCGGAGCAGCCCAGUUGUUUGAAGAUCCACAUGAGAUUCGGGAGCUCUGGGCUCGGCUACGAAAGGAGCGUCCGGAGCUCUUAUCCAAUUUUGAAGAAUUUCUGUUGCGAGUUUCAUCGUACAUAAGGGAAGUGAAUCAUGAGAAGGAGUCCAUGGAACAGGCACUGAAGCGGAAGGAGUCAGACCAUGACCGAGAAGUCCGGUGCCUUUAUGAAGAAAUGGAACAACAGAUCAAAGCAGAAAGGGAGAGGCUGGUCUGCCAGGAAGCACUGAGAUAUGACAGGAGUAACCUGCUCCAGAAGGAACUGCACAACAAAGAACAGGAGCUGGAGAAAAUCCUCUACCGCCAGAAGAAGCUGGAACAUCAGCUGCAGUCACUGAACUCGGAGCAGCUGGAGACCCGGGUGCAGAAUGAAAGGCUCCGGCACCUGAAUGAAAACCUGCUGGAAGAGCUGGAGAAAAGCAAAUGGGAGCUGGAGGCGGUGAAGGGGCAGUUACAGAAGCUUCAGAAGGAGGCUCAGCUUGAACAAGAGCAGAAGGACAGGGAUGUGUUCAGAGUCUCCAAGAACAUGCAGAAAGAGAAACAAAGCCUCCUUCGGCAGCUGGAGCUCCUCAGCAGAGAGAUGAACAAGAAACUUCGAGAUGAGCGAGACGCUUUUGAAGCCAAGAAGCUGGUGCCUCAGAACAAAAAGCCCCUGUUGAAGAAAGGGUCAGUGCUAGGCAGUUACCUGCUGGACGACAAGCCGGUCAAACGACAGCUGGCCUCUGCGGACCUUCCCUUCACCUUCCCAGCGGAUGUGGCACUGGAAGAACCCAACAGAAAGAACUGUAAAUACUUCCCAGGCAACGGGACGUGGAUGAAGACAGGAGAAGGAGAAAGUACAAACUUUGGAGACAACCCCAGAGACAAGGAGAGAUGGCCCUUGGCAGCAGAUACUGAGUGGUUUAAGAUGACUUUGAAGGGUGACACUGACUGCAGAAAAAAAGCAGAUGGCUUAGAUGCUGUUCCACUGCCUCCUAGAGCACAGCCUGUUGGCACUGAAACCAGGCUCCAGGCACUGGAACCGGCCAGCUGUUCCCCAGAUCGCAUCUUUAAAGUGGUGUUUGUAGGGAACUCUGGUGUCGGGAAGAGUUCCUUCAUCCACCGCUUCUGCUAUGACAGGUUCUUGGCUGAGCUCAAUGCAACCAUUGGUAUUGAUUACCAGGUGAAGAGUCUAAUGGUGGAUAACACCCAGGUUGCCUUGCAGCUGUGGGAUACAGCUGGACAAGAAAGGUUUCGGAGCAUUACCAAGCAGUAUUUCCGGAAGGCAGAUGGGAUUCUGGUGAUGUACGACAUCACGGCUGAGUGCUCCUUCGUGGCGGUGCGGAACUGGAUGAGCAGCAUCCAGGAAGGUAUCGAGGAUGGAGCCGUGGUCUUUCUGCUUGGAAAUAAAAUGGAUGCUGUGCAGAGAGAGACCCGGAAUGUGCCCAAGGUGGAAGGGGAAAGGCUGGCGAAGGAAUACAAGGCUGUGUUCUAUGAGUGCAGUGCGAUGACUGGCUACAACAUCAUGGAGCCCAUGCUGCACAUGGCCAGGUUGCUGACAGCACAAGAAGACAGGCAGAGGGAGAAUGCCCUGCAGCUGGAAGAUAUGGGCAGGAGGAAAGGGUGCUGCACAUAAGGCACAUCAAUGUGUCAGCAAGAGACAUGUGCCAGCACUGUAUCAUGAAGCUGGGAGUUCCUUUCAAGCAAGCUGAAUCUGAUGCUAUCAGCUCUGCAGAGAUUUGGGGAA